UGAAUAUUCGGCAGGAUUGCAGCCCCAAAACUCUGCAACUCAUGGGUCUAGACACAACCCUUGACAAUUGAAUAGAGUUACAAUACUUACCGAAAAAGCUACUUCUAGGUACGGGGGGAGACUUCACUCCACGUGAGGUGGGGCCCCCGCUAAAGCAGCACGGACGGCCGAAUGCCAAGCAAUUUUAACGUCAACACCUCGAUAGCUGCGAGUCCAUGAUUCAAAAUGUCAGAAGCCAAGCAGGUGCAACAACAGGUAUGGCCGCUGUCAGACAGCAGGUAUUGAACUGGCUGUACAGUGUCCUGACCAGUGUAAGAAACUUGACCUGAUUAUCUUCUUAUUGGCAUUCCGCUAAUUAGCUUAGGAAUACAGAGAUGUGAAUCGAACCUACAAUGAUGUUGCGCAGACCCUCUCCCACUACUCCUUGUCUCCACGAACCGAUGUUUAUAGUACGCAAAGAAACUCCACCCCACCCCCAAUUCAAAUGAAGCUUUUCCAUCUUCAUCUUCGCCUUUGAUAGCGAUUCCGGAACCAAGCUGAUGGUAUGCGAUCUAGCCUACGAGAAUGGCGCAUCGGCGCUCCUCCUCCAUCUCUCGGGCACUCUCCCGGUCAACUUUCGAGGGACAAUAUACAGGUUUCCAAUAGCAUUAUGGGUGCCGCAUGGAUAUCCAUAUGAAGCGCCGUUGGUAUAUGUGACGCCCACGGAGGGAAUGGUGGUUAGGCCAGGGCAACAUGUUGAUCCGCAGGGGAAGAUAUAUCAUCCAUAUUUAGCUGGCUGGGCCGAGUUUUGGGAUGUAAGUGAGGUCACCAGAGACGUGCUAAAUCUGCGACCAAUGCUAACUUUUGGUUGAAAUCUAGAAAUCUAAUAUUCUCGAUUUUUUGGCUAUUUUAAGAGACAUCUUUGCAAAAGAGCCACCAGUUAUAUCGCGACAGCAACCAAAAGCACCACCUAGACCACAAAGUACGGUUGCCCCUCCGCCAGUACCUCCUCCUCCAGGUGUUGGUCGUCCUCGUAGUCAGAUUUUCAAUUCAGAAGAGCCUGCACGACCCCCUCCGCCCCCACCAAAACCAAAUGCCAAUCCUCAGCAAUACUCCCCACGGAACUCGUUAAGAGGGGAUGAUGGACCUCCUCUCCCUCCUCUACCCCCUCAAGCAAGUGCUGAAAGCGGGCGGUAUCUCCCACAGUCUCCAAAUGGCCAUUCCCAUGCUCCCCAACGAAGCAGCAGUCUGAGAUAUGAGAGCGGGCCUCCUAUGCCCCCUCAGCCCCCAAGACCACAACAAACGAGUGGACACAGUCCUGUUAGUCCAAUAACACCACCCCACGAUCCAUCUGGACAACAAACAUACAAUCAAACAUACCAGCAAUCCCAAUACAUUGGAAAUCCACAGCCUGGACCUCCACAGCCUCAGUCUAGGCCCCCAUCAUAUAUGCAACCACUGCCAUAUGGCCCACCCCAACAGCAGCAGCAAUGGCAACAAUUCCCCCAGAACACUCCUCCGCAGCCACGGCAAAAGCCACCUCCACCACCAGACCUAAUAGAUGCGCCUCUCACCCUCCCCAUACCCACAGAAGCAUCCACGAAUCUCCCAGCACCUCCAGUUCCUCCCAACCCAGAAAAAGACAUGCUUCUCCACAACAUCGGAAAAGCACUCUAUUCCCAACGCCAACACACCCGCACCCAAACGACUUCCAGUCUCCCGGGUCUAGAAUCCCAAAACAAAGCCAUGCUCCAAGCUUUGACGGCAAUGCAAUCCGAGAUGGCCGCCUUGGAAUCCAUGACGGCCCUGCUAAACACCAACACCAGCAUCCUCCACACGGCGCUGCACGACGCCGACGCCAUCAUAGAAUCAAGCCAGCACCGUACAGCGCCCAACGUGGACGAGCUCCUGGUCGCACCCACCGUGGUAGGAAACCAGUUGUACGAGUUGGUGAGCGAGGAGAGGAGUAUAGGCGAUACGUUGUUUGUGCUUGGACGGGCGGUGGAGCGAGGUCGGAUCAGCCCGGCGGUCUUCGCGAAGAUGACGAGGAGUUUGGCGAGGGAGUGGUACUUGAAGAAGGCUCUUGCAAAGAAGAUUGGGAGGGGGAUGGGGUUGACUACCACGACGACCUAUUGA